UGAGCAGUCGCAGCUGAUUAGUGUGCAAUCUGCAGUCGAAUGUGUAGGGUGUGUCGUACGCAAUCGUGACCCGCUCACCCAACUUUCGAUUCCUGCGUCAAGACCGGAUCAUCAAGUUCAUUUGAGAUCAGAACCAUCUCCAGAAUACCAGACCAUCCUCUUCACCCACCAGGGCGGUGUGGACGUGGGCGACGUGGACGACAAAGCGCUACGCCUCGAGGUCCCCAUCGAGACCACGCCGUCCAUCGACGAGAUCACGUCCACACUCCUGCAGGACUUGCCGCCCUCCCGACAGCCGCACGUGGCGGAGUUCAUCAGCGCGCUGUACCGUGCCUACGUGGACCUCUUCUUCACGUACCUGGAGAUCAACCCGCUGGUGGUGACGGCGUCCCACGUACACGUGCUGGAUCUCGCCGCCAAGCUGGACGCCACGGCCGAGUUUGUCGCCAAGAGCGCCUGGGGCGACGUCCAGUACCCGCCGCCCUUUGGACGAGACGCCACGCCCGAGGAGGCCUACGUCGCCGACCUCGACUCCAAGAGUGGCGCCUCUCUCAAGCUGACAGUGCUGAACGAGCGGGGGCGGAUCUGGACGAUGGUGGCGGGGGGCGGGGCGUCCGUGAUCUACUCGGACACCAUCUGCGAGCUGGGGGGCGCGGGGGAGCUGGCCAACUAUGGGGAGUACUCNAGGUUGGUCCUCAUCAUCGGGGGAGGUAUCGCGAACUUCACUAACGUGGCGGCGACGUUCAAGGGCAUCGUGAAGGCCCUCAGAGAGUACCAGGCCGCCCUCAUCGAGGGCAACGUGCGCGUCUUCGUGCGCCGUGCCGGGCCCAACUACCAGGAGGGGCUCAGGGUGAUGCGGGAGGUGGGACGUACACUGGGCGUGGACGUACACGUGUACGGCAACGAGACGCACAUGACGGCCAUCGUCGCCAUGGCGCUGGGGCGGCGCCCCGUCCCUCAGCUGACCCCCACCGAGCCCCACACCGCAAACUUCCUCCUGCCGGGGGGACAGACCAGCACCAAGAGCGCGACGCCCCCCACCGCGGGGAGCGCAGCCGCCACGGGGGGCCCGGGGGCCGCGGCCCCCUCCUCGACGCAGCUCUUCCACUCGGGCACGCGGGCCAUCAUCUGGGGCAUGCAGACCCGCGCUGUGCAGGGCAUGUUGGACGUUGACAUGUACAAGCACAUGUCUGACGCCAUGAAGAAGCAUCCCGAGGCUGACGUUCUCAUUAACUUCGCGUCGCUGCGUUCUGCCUACGACGCUACCCUCGAGACCCUCCAGUACCCUCAGAUCAGAACCAUCGCCAUCAUCGCCGAAGGUAUCCCCGAGAACAUGACGCGGGUGUUGAACAAGCGCGCUGCUGCUGCCGGAGUGACCAUCAUCGGACCUGCGACGGUGGGGGGCGUCAAGCCGGGCUGCUUUAAGAUCGGCAACACGGGGGGCAUGAUGGACAACAUCCUGCACUCGAAGCUCUACAGGCCGGGCAGUGUGGCGUACGUGUCCCGGAGCGGUGGCAUGUCUAACGAGCUCAACAACAUCAUCAGCCAACACACCGACGGCGUCUACGAAGGCGUCGCCAUCGGGGGCGACCGGUACCCUGGGUCUACCUUCAUGGACCACCUCACCCGCUACCACGACAACCCUGAGGUUGGGAUUCCCCAACCUCUUGCUAACUCUCGUUCUUCCAUCUACCGCUAUACGUUGACCCACAUUCCCUGCAGACACGUUGACCCACAUUCCCUCCAGACGUUGNUUGGUACGUGUGCUGGUACGUGGUGGUGCAUUGGUACUUGUGCUGGAAUGUUCUCGUCGGAGGUGCAGUUCGGCCACGCCGGCGCCUGCGCCAACGCCGACCGUGAGACGGCGGUGGCCAAGAACGCGGCGCUGGCGGCCGCGGGGGCGCGGGUGCCCCCCAGUUUUGAUGAGCUGGGGGACGUCAUCCAGAGGGUGUACGACGAGCUCUUGAGGACGGGUGUAGUAGUGCCCCGUCAGGAGGUGCCGCCCCCCACCGUCCCUAUGGACUUUAGCUGGGCUAGGGAGCUUGGGCUCAUCAGGAAGCCGGCGUCGUUCAUGACGAGCAUCAGCGACGAGCGCGGUCAGGAGCUGCUCUACGCCGGCAUGCCCAUCUCUGCUGUGCUCGAGCAAGGUCUGGGUGUGGGCGGGACGCUGUCGCUGCUGUGGUUCCAGCGGCGGUUGCCCCCCUACGCCACCGAGUUCCUGGAAAUGUGUCUUAUGGUCACCGCCGACCACGGUCCCGCCGUGUCGGGGGCCCACAACACCAUCGUCUGCACCCGCGCCGGCAAGGACCUCGUCUCGUCCCUCGUCUCGGGGCUCCUCACCAUAGGCGACAGGUUCGGGGGGGCGCUGGACGGGGCGGCGAAGCAGUUCAGUGACGCCAGCGACCGCAACCUCGAGCCCCACGACUUCGUUAACGAAAUGCGCAAGAAGGGGCAGCUCAUCAUGGGCAUCGGGCACCGCGUCAAGUCCCUGAACAAUCCUGACAAGCGCGUCGAGAUCAUCAAGAAGUUCGUCCAGAAAGAGUUCCCCGCGACCCCUCUGCUGGAUUACGCUCUCAAGGUUGAAAAAAUCACAACUUCGAAGAAGCCGAACCUCAUCCUGAACGUGGAUGGCGUCAUCGGCGUCGCCUUCGUCGACCUCCUCAGGAACUCCGGGGCCUUCACCCGGGAGGAGGCUGAGGAGUACAUCAACAUCGGCACCAUCAACGGCCUCUUCGUGUUAGGUCGCUCCAUCGGCUUCAUAGGUCACUACUUGGAUCAGAAGCGCCUGAAGCAAGGACUCUACCGCCACCCUUGGGAUGACAUCUCCUACGUCAUGCCUGAACAUUACUCCUAAGCUGACAAAAUUAGAGUCGGACAACACUAUUGGCAACACUAGUGGUGGACCAGACUGUUGGCUACACUAGUUGUGGACCACACUAUUGGCUACACUAGUUGUGGACCACACUUUUGGCAACACUAGUGGUGGACCACUACUAUUGGCAACACUACUGGUGGACCAGACUGUUGGCAACACUAGUGGUGGACCACACUGUUGUCAACACUAGUUGUGGACCACACUAUUGGCUACACUAGUAGUGGACAACACUAUUGGCUACACUAGUAGUGGACAACACUAUUGGCUACUCUAGUGGUAUACGACACUAUAGGCAAAACUGGUGGUGUACCGCGCUGUUGGCAAAACUGCUUCGGCUACUAAUACAAGAGUUGCUGAUACUGGUGUUGUAUUUCUUGGUGCAUUUAUUAGAGGUUUGUCUGAUACUGUUGGUCCUGCGAUCGCUGGUGGCUCCACUAUUACUGGUGAUGCUGCUGGUGGUGUUGGUGGUUGUGCUAGUGGUUGUGCCGGUGGUGUCGGUGCUUUCGCAAAGAAUCGGUCUGAAGAAGGUUAUCGGUCUGUUCACUGAGACAGUAUAUCAGAGGCUAUGGUUAUAUUAUGAGAGGUAAUGGCUAUAUUAUGAGAAGUCUCAAGUUUCUUCGAACUCUUUCAUGAAGCAUUUGGUCUCGUUUUUAACAUGUCAAGUAUUGAAGAUGUAAAUGUUACAUUGUUUAAUCUCGCGCAUGGCAAGACACGCGUGCGUGAGAAACUUAGAAGUUAACUGCACUCUAUUUUUAAUAGAAAAAAAAUAUAUUUUUUAGAAAGUUGUGUAUUUUCUGCAAAUAUAUUAUUUUCUUAGGAUUUUUUUUGUGACUGGGUAGCUAAGUUGUUCUAGAGAGGAGCAAAAGCAAGUUGGUGAUGCCAUGCUUCGACUUCUACAACAGCUUGCAACUUUUUUCAUAUUGUUGUUGGUGUAGUUUUUUUUACUUUGUUGACGUUCGAUCUGGCUGUUCGAAGAUUUAUUCCAAAAUAGUGAGAGCGUAAAUUUAUUUCUUGAUAAUAAGUCUAUUGUUAGUAUAGAUUUAGCGUUAGUGUAUCUAUUAAGUCACUUGAAAUAACGGACCAGGAACUUUUUAUCAGAACACCACAUAAGCUCUCUCAUUCUCUACCUAAUUACCGUCUCCCUGCUGCCACUUGUAUCACUGACUCCAUCAUUCCUCUGGCAACCCUUCUUUCGUGGCAAUCUUUAUCUUAUGGCAACCCUUUCCCUAUGGAAUGCUCUUUCCUGUGGCAACCUCUAGCUCCGAACUUCUCUCCUCUGGCAACCUUUCCAAUACAUCUUCUCUCCGCUGCCCACUCUUCUUUUCUCUGGCAACCUUUCCUUUACGAUAUCCUCUCUCCUCUGGCAACCUUGAGCUCUUGCUCCGCCCCCUCUGUCCAAGUAUGCUACAAAGCUGCAAUUAACUUAAAUUGUAGUUUCCUUGAAUAAUGAAGUGACGUAAACUUUCCAUUCACUUGCUCAGCUCGUUUCAAAAGAUGUCUUACACGAGGCCAUAUUAGUGGCGGCUAGUACAACUUUCAUAUGCUGACCGCCACUAAUUUUAGGUGGUACUCGUGUAGAGUUACUGGGUCCUUCCGUGGCCAGUAGCGCCUACACACGAGGCACGGUAAAUAGUGGCCGCCAGUAUUUGAAAGUUUACUGCCCGCCACUACAGUGGCCCCGUGUAUAAGCAUCUUAGACGCAUUUGGUCCAUCUCGACUCUCCAGGGGUCAUCAGGCACAACUUAAUGUGAAUUGAUUUUUCUGUUUAAAACAAUUUGUAGUUUCCAAAAACUUUCAUCUGAUUAAAGCGUCUAUUAUAUGCGAAACGUAGAUCAAUUACUGAGUAGUUAAGAGGUCAUUAGACUUAAUCACCUUGUUAUUUUAUGCAGUAGAGAAUGUCUCAGAACCAAUUGCACUAAACUGGAUUGUUUUAUAUUGUAGGGGACUUGGUUUUAGCAGCGAAUAUCGCUACCCGUUGAAAGGAAUAUUAUUGUAUGGAUAUUGUUACCCGGCUAUUAUUGUAGGAAAUAUUGUCGUGUUGUGUGAUGACGUUACAACUUGGUAAGUCGUAACUUAGUAACUUGGAAUGAUCAUUGAAAGAAUAUAUCCUGCGUACA